GCCAGCGCGGCCCAGAGCGCGCCCGCCGGAGCCACAGCCCCCUCUUGCCGCGACCUCGCUUGACCCGACUCUCCCGGCACCCAGAGCCAACUAAGGCCGCCCCCCGCCCGGACGCUUGUCUGCUCCCAGCUCGACUUCCCUCCCCGGACUUUGGAGUCUCUUCUACUUUGGGGUUUGGAACCCGGUCGCCCUGGAGCGGCGGAAGGGCCGCGGCGAUAGGAAAGCAGCAGAGGAGGCCAGUGGCCGGAGCCUGCCCCAGCCCCCACCCCGCGGGUAACCUUGGAGGCGCCCUCGGACCUCAUCUUACCAUCUACCUCUCCCAUACUCUGUUCCUGCCACACUGGGCUCAGGGCCACUGCACUUGAUAGUCCAUCUCUUGGAACGCACUUCCCACAGAUAUCGGCUUGACUCUUUCCCUUAUCUCCUUCAGGAUAUGGGCCACAGGAACUGUGCUUUGUUGACUUGGCUAAAACAAAUUCUACAAAAAUAAAGAGAAAGAAAAUUCUUUCUUUACAAGGACUGUCUAUGCAGAAGACCUGGAUGCACAAAAAUCUACUACAUGCUCCUGAAUUAAACACUAACAGUUUUUUUAACCACUUAACCUAUUUUCUGGGUGCUGGUGCUGUUACUUUGGGAAUUGGUUUCUUCGCUUUGGCAUCAGCUUUGUGGUUCCUGAUUUGCAAACGAAGAGAAAUAUUUCAAGAUUCCAAAUUUAAAACAAUUGAUGAGAGAUGCAGACCAAGACCAUCCAAGGCAAAGAUUAAAUCUCAUUCUCAGUGUGUUUUUAUUUCUCGAAAUUUUCAUACUGGAAAUUUCCAAUUACAGGAGGAGCAAAGAAAAAAGGAAACAGCACAUAUAAAAGCAAUUAAAGAUUAUUCUAAAGAUGAAUUCUGCCUUGCAACAAAAAAAGUCAUCUGUGACCCCUCAGAGACUAGCUCGGCAACAAAUCCCAGCAGUGUUACCUUAAGCUUAUCAACGUUACCAUCUGAUUCUUAUUACAGCCAAAGUAUAGAAGUAGCUGAUGACUGGUUUUCUGAUGAUUCUCUAGUGAAAAAGAGCCCUCCAAUGCCUUUUCUCGGGGAGCCUGUAAUGGAGAAAGUAUUUUCAUACUUGUCAACCAUUCCAUUAGAAGAAUGUACUGGAAAUGUACUAAAUAUGACACUUUAUGAUGAUCAAAAAGAUGACAACAUUAAGGGAAUAUUUACACGAAGAAAUACAGAGGUUGAAAUACAAAACCUUCAACAUAAUAUUGAAUGACUUUUUUCUUUUGAAACUUUGUGUACGCUGAAAUCAUGUAAAGUUAAAACUGAAUUACCAGCUUCUGAGUCUCUUAACAUG